UAUUAAAUAUUUUUUUUCUUUUUAUUUUAGUCGAUCAUGCAGAGUCAGAGUCUUCGGUGUCAAAGAGAGCUAGACUUGGUUUCCAUAACGGUAAGUUAUUAUUAUUUUUUUAUACACCUUUUAAAUUAAAAUGUAUUUUUUAGAACACUUGAUAAUGCAGGAGGAAGGUGUUUACCUCGUAAAUACCGCAUAUAAACACCGAAUUGCUACAUAUCGGCUUUUAUCGAAAAAAGAUCCUAUCAGCGUUAAUGAUUUUUUAAAUAAUCUCCGUGAAAAAAUCAUUUCGCUGGUAAGAUGCCAAAUCGAGAGGUUUGGUAAUGUGAAAGUCGGUAUGGAGCUUUUCGGUCGCUUCCUCCUGCAGACAAAGGAGGUGGAGGAGACCAAGUCCUUUGGCUCGCGUUUCAGGGAGGCUAGUCAAGGUAGUGAUUUGGAGGAGCUGUUUGAUCAGUUCACCACUAUCAUUAAGCGGAGAUUCCAGGAGUUCAAUGAAAAAGAUAGUGGUUGGACUCUUCAGCAACUUCUCCACGUAGAUGUAAGGAUAAAUAAAAUCAACCCACUAAAAGCCUCAUCUUACAUACCAUUACCGAAGGAAAUAGAAGCGAAAAAAGCUGUGUUGAACAUACAAAACACUGACCAGAAAUGUUUUGUAUGGUCGGUUUUAGCCGCCUUUCACCCAAUUCCCCGAACUCAACAUGCCAACCGAGUUCAGAAUUAUGAAUCUUUCGAGCAGGAAUUGGAUGUGUCAGGUAUAGAUUUUCCGAUAUCUUUGAAACAGGUGUCAAAAUUCGAACAACUCAAUAAUAUUUCUAUUAAUGUUUAUGGACUCGAGAAGGGUUAUAAACAUGAUAGGAAUAUUAUUGAAGUUGUGGGUCCUUUGUAUUUUACUAGAUCUCAUAAGACAGAUAGACGUGUGAAUUUGUUAUUAAUCAGUGAUGAUUCUGGCAAUAAUCAUUACUGUUUAAUAAGAAAUAUGUCUCGCCUAAUCUCCAAACAACUUUCAGGCAAACAACAUUCAAAAUUCUUAUGCGAUGGUUGCUUGGUUUAUUUUUCUUCAGAUAUUAAAUUAGAAAAUCAUCAAAAAUACGAUUGUGGUCACGUUGUAGUUGAAACUCCUUCGGAUAAUUUAAAGAAAAAUAAAUAUGGUGAAAAUAUUCCCGAGAAUAUCCUUAAAUUUACGAAUUUCGAACGAAAAUUAAAAGUACCUUUUGUUGUAUACGCUGAUUUUGAAACUAUUUUGGAACCUAUACAAACAGAGCAAAACGAGUUGGAUCCUGAAAUUUCCUAUACGGUGAAACACACCAACACGUUCCUUAUUCUUUUGCCUAUUACAUUAAAUGCGAUUUUGAUAAUUCUCAGUCGAUUUUCAAGACUUUUAGGGGACCUGAUGCACAUAAAGUUUUCAUAG